AUGGAGAUUGCCUUGAAAUGCUGGGGAACAAAGUGGAACUCCUUUGCUUGCCUUCCAGGUGCUCCUUUUCAAAGGUCUCAGCAUCCUCAUGCUACCUCCUGCCGGCACUUCCACCUUGCCCCCCAGCCUCAGAUCUCCGCAGACUUCCCUCUGCCUCACGCCGUCCAGCCUCACCUCGCAGCCGCCCACCAGCACAGCAGCCCGCUUCACUCGUCGCUGCCAACUUUACCUGCCCUGCCAUUCCAGGAUGUGACGGGACCUCCGUUCCUACCUCAAGCCCUUCACCAGCAGUAUCUUCUCCAGCAGCGGCUCCUCGAGGCUCAACACCGCAGGUUCAUAUCCCAUCCCAGGCGGACUCAGGAGCACAUGUCUGUCCAACCUCAUCGGUUACAUCCAAGCUUUGAAUUUGGCCAUCAACUGCAGACUCCCAGGCCUGUGGGGCCCCAACCUAGAUAUUUAGCUGAAGGAACAGACUGGGACCUCAGUGUUGACGCCAGCCUCAGUCACAACCAGUUCCAGGUCAGGCCAGUUCCUCAACACUAUCAGCAUUAUUUGGCUCCGCAAAGAAUGCAUCAUUUCCCCCAGAAUACAUCCUCAACACAGAUGGUUGUCCACGAAAUUAGAAAUUACCCUCAGUUUCAGCUACUUGCUCUUCAGGGACUGAAUCCAAACAGGCACACAUCUGCUGUGAGAGAAAGUCAUGAGGAGUUGUUGCAACUAGAAGAUCGACUGGGAAGUGUGAGUAGAGGAGCUGUGCAAAACACCAUUGAACGGUUCACUUUCCCGCACAAAUACAAGAAGCGAUGGCCGCAGGAAGACAAAGCAGAAAAGGAAGAAGGUGAAGAGUCAGAUACUGAUGAGAAAUGCACAAUCUGUCUCUCAAUGCUUGAAGACGGCGAGGAUGUGAGGCGUUUACCUUGUAUGCAUCUCUUUCAUCAAGUGUGUGUCGACCAGUGGCUGGCAACCAGUAAGAAAUGCCCAAUCUGCCGAGUGGACAUUGAAACACAACUUGGAUCUGACAGCUGAAAUGAACCGCCAUGGGGGAUGACCCCGCUCUCUUUUCGUGGUCCUUACCGGGCCAUACGGCCCUUCGCAGCAAAACGUUUUGCCUUCUGAGCCAUGUGACUUUUUUGAAGAAAGCCUGCAAGCACAUCCACAGAUUAUUUAAUUAAAAAAAAAAAAAAGAGGAGGAGAAGAAGAGGAAGAAGAAGGUGAUGAUGAUUUGAUGGUUAAAAUAUCUAGACAUAGGAAGGGAUCCAAGCUUCUGCGUGGGCUGACAUGCACGGGAACACGGCUUGAACGCCCAGCGGAAAGAGAUAGUUGUGAAAAUGAAGGUACAUAGUAUUCUAGUGCUGGCCUUCCAAUCCUGCUUCUGAAAAGGGUUGUAUAUAUAUACCUCUUGAAUAAGUAGAAAUGCAUUAGGGAUUCCUUAGCUAUUUCUUAUGGGGGCUGGCAGAGCAUGUGCGCUUAAGAAAUGUUGUCUUUUGAUGCCCCGUUAUCUUGUGAUGGAAAUGUCGCUGUUACGUAAUCUGCACCAAACAUUGCAUUGGGGUUUUGCUUUUUUGUUUCGUUUUGGUUUUUUAGUUUUGUUUUACUUUGUUUUUUGACACGGUCCUUGAGUUCGGGGUUUGGCUGAAGCAUGGUAAGAAGAAGAUAUAUUUCCCUCUCACAAAAGAGGGUAUAUUCUUUCUUUCUUUUGGUGAGAAGAGGAAAAUGGUAUUGUUUUCAUUCCGAAGUCAUUCCCCCAACCUUCCCUGAGCAGCAUUUACUAAUGCGGAAUCAAG